CUCUCCGAACCGGCGACCUUUCGGACCUAGGUAAUUACAACUUUUUCUCCACGGUUAUACCAGCGCGUUGGCUCCAAGUACCGGCCGCCGCGGCUCUCAUCCUGAGCUGCGUUCUUUUCUCUUCCUCACCUACUCCCGAAGAGACGGACCGGGCGACAAUUGGUGGCGGCGACGGACUCUUCCGGUUCCGGCUCCCCCACGCGCGUGUGGAGACUGGGUUGCGCUUGAGGAAAGCGCCCUCGCGACGCCGGCAUUGCAUGCGAUCGCACUGUCAAGGUACAAGAGGAGGGUCCGAGAAUACCGAAUUCGGAGAUGGCUUCGUUUGGAGCGAACGGGCACACAGUGGGUGCUGGUCAGAACCAUGACAGGUUGACCGAAUCGCCGAGCGAGCCGGUCGAGAUCACCGCCGUGCAGAAGAUGCUGUCGGCGACGUCGGGAAGCUUGUUGACCGGUCUAUUAGCAACACCUCUCGACGUGGUGCGCGUCCGCUGGCAAUCUCAAGGAAUCUCGCAACCAUCCCCAACUCUCGACUUCACCAAGCUCGCCAUGCCCGCCGCCACCACGCCGGGCGGGAUGGCCUUCCGCCCCUCCGACCUCGGCGUGACGGCCUGCUGCCGCGAAGUCUUCUUCACCAACAACACCUCCGAGAUCUGCGUUGUCGGCCCCCGGCCGCAGUUAACCGGCGGCGCCCCAAUAAGCUGCGCCGUCGAGCAGACGCAACAACGCACCUUUACCUCCACCUUCGACGGCCUGCGCAAGAUCGCGCGCAACGAAGGCGUGACCACGCUCUGGCGCGGCCUCUCGCCGACGCUGGUCAUGGCCAUCCCCGCCAACAUCAUCUACUUCACCGGUUACGAGUGGCUGCGCUCCAACAAGGCCAGCCCCAUCUACCGAGGCGUGCGCGACGAGUACGCGCCCCUCGUGGCUGGGUCCGUCGCACGCAUCCUGGCCGCCACCGCCGUCGGCCCCAUCGAGCUGUUCCGCACCCGGCUGCAGGCCGCGCAGGGCGCGUCGAGCUCGAGCCACCUAGCCGACACCUUCCGCGGAGUCAAGGAGAUGGUCUCGGUGCACGGGUACCGUGCACUGUGGCGGGGGCUGACGCUGACGCUGUGGCGCGACGUGCCCUUCUCGGGCAUGUACUGGUGGGGAUACGAGACCAUCCGGGGACGGCUCACCGACGCGCGGGAACGGGCUCGGGGCGGCAGGCGCGAUCUGGAUUUGGAGAAGGACAUGGAGCGGGACGACAGGAGGGCGGCGCGGGCCAGGCGGCGGUCGCAGAGCCGGAGCCGGGAGAACCAUGCAGACACGUUCACCGAUAGCUUCAUUGCCGGCGCUCUGUCGGGCGGGUUUGCGAGCGUGGCGACGAUGCCGUUCGACGUUGGCAAGACGAGGACGCAGGUCUUCCGCGAUGGAAACUCCGCCUCCUCCUCCCCUUCUUCUUCAGCAGCAGCGGCGAAUGCUGCGCCCGAAGAAAGGAGCAUGGCGCGAUUGCUAUGGCAUAUCUUCCGGACCGAAGGCAUCCCGGGCUUGUUCAGGGGCUGGAUCCCGCGCACGCUCCGGGUCGCGCCGGCGUGCGCCAUCAUGAUCAGCAGCUACGAGGUGGGCAAGCGCGUGUUCAGGGGCGUCAAUGAGCGAGCGCUCGCUGAGAAGAAGGCAAAGGCGGCGGCGGCCAUGGCACGGGUGCAUGAUGAGCAUGACGGGCCUGAGCCUGAGCCGUGAUUUCAGGCCACGGCGAAGGUCGUCUUUUUGCAGCUUUCUCACCCGCGUCCGACCCAUUGGAACUCUUUAGCCACCGCCGAGUACGUGCUUGGGCUGCGAAGAGUUCAUCCAAGCGAGGGUACUCAACAGACCUUUGUCAAGGCAGUGCACAACUUCCCGGGAUCCUCCACAUCUUCUGCCUCUAUAGAAAUCCGGCAAGAAGGAGCAUCUGCUGU